UUUUCAAUCAAGAUGGCCAUGACACUGACAGCGGCAGCGCGGUGUGUGAGGGCAGCACGGCUCGUGACCCCGUGCGCCAGGAGCGUCCGCGGUCUGCAACACGCCAGCGGCGAAGGCGUGGAGGUACACGUGGACGACCAAGGCUUUGCCAACGUCACUCUUGCACGCGGUGAUAAGUUCAACACGUUCUCUGACAAGGUCAUCAGCCGCUUGGACCAGGUGUGGAAUGACCUGCGCGCGGAAAGCGGUCUGCGUGGCAUGUUCCUGCGCGCCGAGGGUCGCUUCUUCUCGGCGGGUGCCGAUCUCAAGUGGAUGAAGGGCUCCAUCAAUUACUCCAAGGAGCAAAAUCAGGCCGAUGCAGAGGCCCUUUCCAACAUGCUGCUCAACCUCAACACGCUGCCCAUGGCGACCAUCGCGCUUGUGCAAGGCCCAGCCUUUGGCGGUGGAGUUGGCCUCGUCUCGUGCUGUGAUGUCGCUGUUGCCACCCAAUCUGCCAACUUCACAUUGUCCGAAGUGAAGCUAGGCAUCAUCCCCGCCACCAUCUCGCCCUACGUCAUUGCGCGCAUUGGUGCUGCCCAGAGCCGUCGGUACAUGCUGACGGCUGAGGCCAUCUCCUCGACGCGCGCACAAGAGAUUGGUCUCGUACACGAGGUAGUGGCGGACGAAGAAGGGCUCCGUGAGAUGGAGACCUCUUUGCGCCAAGCGCUCCUGCGUGCUGGCCCCAACGCGGUGGCCGCCUCGAAGCAUCUCGUCACCUUGGUUGAGCAAAGUGAAAACCCCAGCGACUUGGUGGUGGCGACGGCUCGCGCCUUGGCUGAGCAACGUGCCAGUGAGGAAGGCCAGGCCGGUCUGGGUGCGUUUUUUGCCCGCAAACCUGCACCCUGGGUGCCUGAAGAUCUGGCCUAGGCUGAAUUCGAAUAGCGUUUGGCUUUAUCCAAGCCAUCCGGCCCACCGCUCUGGUCGUUCAGGAGCGUAUCCAACAAUCGAAAAUACUACAAC